AUGCGACCACCAAGAUGUCUCGUCCCCGCCGCGGAGAUCCUCUUCAAGGUCCCAGCCAGCAGACGAUGCAUGUCCUCUGCCGCAGUCUUUCAACCGCCUAGAAUAGUCGCUGCUACACCAUGGAAGCCCCCAGCGUUUUUUCUGUCAAACAGAUUGUUCGAUCGGUCAACAUGUCUCGAUUUCGUGGUGCUGCGACGGGCCAAUGGCAUCUAUUCGUCAUCGGCUGCUGCUUCUGGUACAUCUGACUCAACAUUAUCUUCCUCUACAACGAACACUGCUGCGCAGACCGAGCCCGAGAUUGCUCCUCACCGAAAACGACAAGCUCAACGUCGCGAAAAGGCAGCUGCCGAAGCCGCAGCCGCCGCUGCUCGAGGCGAAAAGCCUUUACCCCCCGAUGCAUCCUCUUUACUCUCAACCCACGCCGCCUCGCAGACGAGCGCUAUCCGCCGCUACCUCUCCGUAUGCCUCUCGCUUUCGAAACCCCGAUUGACGAUGCUUGUCGUCCUUACCGCCAUGGCUACCUACGCACUAUACCCCGUUCCCGAGAUGCUGUCACCAAGCACUACCGAGACACCCAGUUUGAGUCCUUUAACAUUACUAUUCCUCACGAUAGGAACAACACUGUGCUCAUCCAGCGCCAAUGCAUUGAACAUGCUUUACGAACCGUCAACCGAUGCCAAGAUGACCCGAACUAGAAACCGUCCUCUUGUGCGAAAGCUCAUCUCCACACGGAGCGCUGUCUUGUUCGCAAUCCUUUCUGGGGCCAUCGGAACGGGCGCUUUGUACUUCGGUGUCAACCCCACUGUUUCUGGGCUUGGAUUCGCCAAUAUCGUUAUUUACGCUGGAAUGUACACACCACUGAAGGCUGUGACAGCUUUCAACACCUGGGUCGGUGCUGUCGUUGGUGGUAUCCCUCCUCUAAUGGGUUGGGCUGCAGCUGCUGGUGAGACUGCCACUAAGGACGGUUCAUGGCGUGAGCUCCUAUUUGCCAGCGAUGGCUCAUCCAUUGGCGGCUGGGUUAUGGCCGGUUUGCUUUUCGCAUGGCAGUUCCCCCACUUCAUGGCUCUCAGCUGGCCCAUCCGUGAGGAGUACAAAAAGGCCGGUCUUCGUAUGUUAGCGUGGACAAAUCCCGCCCGCAACGCCCGAGUCGCUCUACGAUACAGUUUCGUUUUCAUCCCGCUCUGUCUAUCACUCUGCGCCGCAGGAGUAACAGAAUGGUCCUUCGCCGUGACCAGCUUCCCGAUCAACGCCUGGCUUAUCCGAGAAUCCGUGCGUUUCUGGCGGUACGAGGGUGAGAAGGGCAGCGCGAGAGGUCUGUUCUGGGCAAGCGUGUGGCACCUCCCCGGCGUCAUGAUUCUUGCUCUCUUGCACAAGAAGGGUAUGUGGAGUAGAGUUUGGAGGAGUGUGUUUGGCGAAGAGGAGGGAGAAUGGGAGGAGGAAGAGCUGGAUGAGAUGAUGAGCAUGGCCGCUGAUAACAGGAGCAAUCAGUUGCAGCGCGAGAGACCUGUGCGAUGA